UCUUGUUUUUUGUCCUUAUUAUUAUUAUUUUGGACUAUUAGAAAUGCUGCCAUACCAUUUUCUUCUGUUUAAAUAAUAUGCUUAACAUUUUGUGAGUGGUUUACGUCUUCUUUGUGUUAUUCUUUCUCGUUUUACGAAAUUUAAAUAGUGUUUUAUAAUGUUAUACCACACACCUAGGCAGCAAGACAGCAAAAUUUGUUCUGAAAAUGGCAACAAUCGAUAAUCGCUUCUCCCACCUGAACUGGAAAGCUCUCACUGUAUGCUUUUCCUAUAUUGUGACUGCUUAACCAGCUAGUCAUUUAGCAAAGUCUAAUUUCAUACAGUUUUAAGCCGUUUCGCUGGCGAUAGUUCAACAAGAGCCAACUAUCGAUAAAUGCGUUAGUGAAGUGAGUUGUUCGAUGAUCGAUACCGACCUUGUUGGGUUUGUUAAUCCCACUGAGUGACACUGCUUUGCUUUUGCGUGUGCAAAGUAUUUAUUGAGCAAAUAAUUUACAACCUAUCCUAUCAAAAGGUUCGGAUGAAGAGACGGAAAAGCUGAUAACGAAUCAACAUUCAAUCCCCUGGAGCCGGCAAGCAGCAUCCACUAUAUCCGCGUGUGUCUUAUCGCGAGUCGGUAUGACGAAAACGAGUCAAGUCUACAAAGGAAAGAAAAAAAUGCAUUGGAGUUGGGUUGAGCCAUACUUGGCGGUGCUGGUGCUCAGCCUAAACUGCCAACUGAACCUGGCCUCGCUAACAGUGUCUCGGGAAGAAAUACGCGCCGGCGACUCGUUCAAUGUCACCUGCAGCUGGGAUGACGAAUCGGUGAGCCCUGAGCAUAUUAAAAUCAAGGUGGCCCCCAGAAGCAAUCGAGCCAGCAACAGAAUGGAGACUACCACAACGGUCGUGGAAAGGGUGGAUAAUGCAACAGUUGGCAAAUGGCACUACGAGUGCAUGUGGGAUGGGAAGACCCUCGAGGCGCUGGAUGUUCGGGUAGGGGCACGACUGCAGGUUGAGGACUUUGAGUGCCGCAUGGAUUUAUACGAUUCCACAAUGAUGACGAGCUGCAGCUUCAGCAUGCCGAAUGGCUACCAGCUUGAAGAGGAUUUCUUGUAUCUGAGGGAAAAUGAGCUGCCGCCAGUCCAGUGCACGGAUUACCCGCACAACGCCACCCAGGUACUGUGCAGGAUUGACCCGGGCCUGACCCCAAAGACAAAAUUUGAAACGAGCCACAGCUACACUUUGAACAUGAGAGAUUCAGUCGGCAACCAGACGCAGCAUUUCAAUCGGACGCAAGCCCAGGUGCUGGUCUUGGAUUGGCCCAAUAAAAAGCAGCCUCUGACCCCGUUUGACAAUCAGAGUUGCUUGAUCUGGCAGAAUUCCGUCUGGUCUGAAUACUACCACCAAAGCGGGUCGAUUGACUGGCAUGUGCGGGUGAUACCCCUGAACGAUGACAUCCCCGAGAUCGAAAAUCCCCCUUACGAAGUGCGCUACUCUGGCACACGGUGUGAAAUGUUUUGCCUGAAAACGCCACACUAUCCGAACCAGCAGUUUGAGCUGCGCCUGCGACGCCGCUUUAACCAGCCAGAGGCGCCUUGGAGUGAAACAAUUACGCGCCAGUUCUGGGUACCAAAAUCAAAACCCAGCCGUCCGCCACGACUCCUGCCGAAUGGGUUCUUCUUCGAUCCCAGGUCCAAGGGGCUGUACAUCUUCUGGGAGCAGCUGAAGCCGCUGGAGCACAACGGACCCAAUCUAACGUACAGUCUGGCAACCACCGACGGUUCUUCCAGAAAGCAUGUGAGUCAUGUCGGCCGGAACUUUGCCAUGUUCCCCCACUGGGACGGCUCUACCGACUCCACCAUAUCCGUAUGCAGUGAAAACUCCGAGGGACGGUCGUUGAACUGCAGCGAUCUAUAUGUGCCAGUCCUAGACAACGCAAAGGAGCGACAGCCGACAGCAUUGAAAUACGACAAGGCCACAAACACCCUGAGCUGGACAGCGCCGGAGAGGAGCUCUGGCCUUCUGCAUUACACCGUCUACUGGUGCUCCCCCGUCAACGAUACACAAAAGAUUUGCGACGACUCCCAAGACAUUAAACUGCUGGAGCUGGACGGUGCUUCCCGGCAAGAGCACCACUUCAAUGGAUCGAUGGAGUUGAUUAAUUUAGGCGUAGCGGCCACAUACGAGGACAAAUUCAGCGGCGGUAUGAGAUGGUUACGGGUGGGACUGCCCACAGAGGUUGAAUUGGCCAAGAGCCGGUACCUGGAGGGCAUUGUCGCCCUGAUUGUGCUCUGCCUAAUCUUCAUCUCAUACCGAAGGCUUCAUAGAUGUUCGAGUAUUGAAAUUGACAUACCAAAUGGCGUAUACGAGGGACAGCGCGGUAUAACGGGUGUGAAACAUGAUGAGAAAGAUGUCACCAAAGUCCCAACCCAAGGCCACCGUGAAAACCAUAAAAUCCCAAAAGAGACGAAUUCUGGGAUUGAACUUGUAGUCAUAGAAGAUCCCAAAGAAUGCAUCAAACCUAUUCCUGUUACUGUUAAACCUUCGAAUGAACUUACAGGCUUUACAAUGCCUGAUACCUUAAAAAAUGGGACAAACCCGAUCUCAGAUCUGAAAGCUCUGUGUCCUACCGAAUCUGGAAUUGAAAAUACAUUAAAAACGCCUGGUAGAAUGGUAAAAGGUAGUGCGGUAGAGAAUUAUAACAUAGAUGACACCAAAGACGCAACCCAAUACCCUCCUGUGAACGCUAAGAUCCCAACGGAGCCAAGUUCUGGGAUUGAACUUGCGGUCAUAGAAGAUCCGAAGGAAUACAGCAGGCCGAUUCCUGUUACUGUUAAACCUUGGAAUGCACUUAUAGGCACAAUGGCUGAUAUGGUGAGAGAUGAGAAAAACCCGAACCCAGAUCUGGAAAUUAUGCUUCCCAUCGAGUCUAGAAAUGAAAACACAUUAAUAAAGACGAUACCCGGCAGAAUGGGUACGAAUCAGAUUGUGACUACUCCUGCAGGCUACGUGGAAAUGUUAGCAAGAGCAAGCAAGAGCGGGAGUGGGAGUGCGAGCGACAGCGAGAAGCCUUUGCCAAAAUCCAGCCCUGGAUAUGUGCAAAUUGACUUUAAUAAAAGUACCAACGGUAAUGGAUACGUAAUGCCUCCGCCUUUCAGAUAACCAUGGGCUCCCAUCACUACGUAAUACAUAGGAAGUAUAGGAAGAAUGAGAGUAGAGGAGUAUUGAAUGAGUCAUCACAUAAAGCAUAUGCCUGAGCAUGAGCCCUGCAUCCGGUGUUUGAUUUUAAAUGUUAUCUCGUAUAUUAUUCAUAAAAAAAAUGUUUCUCCUACAGACCAUAAGAAAAUUAAAAAUAACCAAAGAAUACAUACAUAAGCGAAUAUGUACAUAGUAUACUCGUAUAUAGUACUAAGUAAAUAAGAGAGAGAGUGCCAAACGAGAGGGAGAGUUGCUUUAAAUGAUAUUAUGAUUAAGACGUAUGUAAACAACGAUCACAAUGUCGAGAACCACCCCAUUAGCCCAUUAUCCAACCGCAUAUUAAAUGUGAAGCUGGAGUUCA